GUGUUAGUUCAUACAAAUAUGGUUUGUAUAUGAAGUGAUUGACAGAUAUCCGAUAAAUGAAUCUUUGCGCGUAUUUAUAAAAAGAGACAGUUUCCGUAAGUCAUUCACUUUUGAACAACUCUUAUUUAACGAAACAUUGGAACCGGUUAGGAAAUAGCAUGAAAAGAUUUGCAGAAUUAUUCGCCGUAUAUUUAGGCUUGUUGUCUAGUUUAAGUUCACUUAAUGCCCAAAGUCAAGAAGAUGAGAUUACAGAAGAAGACCAAAUCGAAGAUGAAAAACGUUAUAUUGAUCGUAUUGGUAGUGGACUAAUUAAACGAUAUAACGACGGUGAUACCGUCGGCGAAGUUUAUCCAAACUUUUUAGAAUAUAUAGCAGACAAUGACGAAAAACGCCUUGAUAAGGUUGGAUCAGGUUUAAUACGAAAAAGAACACUCGAUAGAAUAGGAAUGGGUUUGAUACGAAAACGUCCUUUCGAUAAGGUUGGGAUGGGUUUAGUAAAGCGACCCAUGGACAGAAUUGGGAUGGGAUUAGUUAAAAGACCUUUCGACAAAGUUGGAAUGGGAUUAGUGAAGCGACCUUUCGAUAGAGUUGGUAUGGGAUUAGUAAAACGACCGUUCGACAGAGUCGGAAUGGGAUUAGUAAAGCGACCAUUUGACAAAGUAGGAAUGGGAUUAGUAAAACGACCAUUUGAUAGAGUUGGUAUGGGAUUAGUGAAACGACCAUUUGACAAAGUUGGUAUGGGAUUAGUGAAGCGACCGUUCGACAGAGUUGGCAUGGGAUUAGUGAAACGACCAUUUGACAGAGUAGGCAUGGGAUUAGUCAAACGACCAUUUGACAGAGUAGGCAUGGGAUUAGUCAAACGACCAUUCGACAGAGUUGGAAUGGGAUUAGUGAAACGACCAUUCGACAGAGUUGGAAUGGGAUUAGUGAAACGACCAUUCGACAGAGUUGGAAUGGGAUUAGUAAAGCGACCGUUCGACAGAGUUGGAAUGGGGUUGGUAAAGAGACCGUUUGAUAAAGUGGGAAUGGGAUUAGUAAAACGACCUUUUGAUAAAGUUGGAAUGGGACUAGUAAAGAAGCCUUUUGAUAAAGUAGGAAUGGGUCUGGUCAAGAGGCCAUUUGAUAAAGUCGGCAUGGGCCUCGUAAAACGUCCUUUCGAUAGAAUUGGCAUGGGACUUGUGAAACGACCUUUAGAUAGAGUAGGACUUGGUUUAAUCAAAAGACAAUGUAGUCUUGAUCCAGUUUGUAUGAGUAAUACCAGAACAACAAGAAGGAGCAUGUCAAAAAGAUCAAGUUCAUCAUAGCCAUAUGGUUGUAAAAGAGUCAAACACCAGCAACGAAAAACAAAUUGACUUAACUAAGGGCUAUGUCAAACAAGGAUUAUGUGAACUCUGGAUAAAAUAUUUCAAUUAUGAAAUUCACAAGAUUGUCCUCUUCUUUUUUGUCUGCUCAGUUUAUUGAAAUUUUUUAUAUAUAUUAAUAUGCAACGUGAAGAUUACAGAGCAGUUUGAUUAACAAUUCUAAAUACUGAUAAACAAACGGAUAAUGAAAAUUAUCUUGAGUAGCGUUUGUAGUAAAUACGUGUUUCCAUUUUUUGUAAAUAUUCUGAUAUGAUACUCGAGUUUGUAUUCAGUUUGAUACAAAAAUUCAGCAUUCAGCCAUCCUGAAAUUCAAAUAUCGGACAAUGUAAUCUCCGAUUGAUGACCUUUUUUAAUAUUCAACUUUCUUUUUUCGUCCAAUUAAUGAUGUAAAAGUAUCUCUGGUAAUAUUUGUUUAUUGACUUAAUGUUUCUUUGCUGAUUUGAUUGAUGAUAAAACGCGAAGUAAAUACGACACCUUUUGACCUCUAAAACUGGUCUUAAUAAACAAAUUCUACACAAUUGCUUUUUACAAUCAUUUUAGAAAAUAUUUCACCGUAACGUUUUAGAUAUGUGCCAGUAAGUUUAAAAAAAUGCAUCCUUCGUCAAGAUUAAAAGACGUUUUUCUGUAGAGCGCAGUUUAUUUUGUCUGUCUUUGUUUAUUUUGCCUAAACAAGUUUUCGCCACAAGUGUAUAGGUUAUGAAAUUGUUAUAUCUUGUGCUUAUUUGUUUGUUGAUUUUUUUUUUGAUUGUACAGAACAUCGUUUGUUAUACCUAGGGCGCUAUAGCAUCAAAUCAAAAAGUGCCGAAAUAAAAGUAAUUAGUUUUAAA